UGGUGCAGCAGUAGUGGUUCCUCAAAUACAUUGAGAUGCAGGCUUCAAGAGAACAGUGCCAGAGACCUUUCUUUGAACAGUGGUCCUACUGCAUCAGUAAACCUUUUUUUAAACAGUGCUCUAACAGCGCCAGAGACCUUGUUUUGAACAGUUCUUUAACAGCACUAGAGACCUUGUUUUAAACAGUUCUGUAACCGCGCUAGAGACCUUGUUUGAAACAGUUCUGUAACCACGCUAGAGACCUUGUUUUGAACAGGGUUAGGGUUAGGGUUAUGGUUAGGGUUAGGCGCUGGUGAUCGCAGCUCUACUGCUCACUCCAAGUCCCUGGACCUUGACCUGAUUGCUUUCAAGUGAUAAGGAGGCGAGUGAAGGGCUUCGGCCGCGUCUGUGUCACAUGGCAAAGGGAGCCAACGGCUAUGGCUUCAACCUGCACAGCGAGAAGUCCAAACCGGGCCAGUUCAUCCGGGCCGUAGACGACCACUCCCCCGCCCAGAGGGCCGGCCUGCUGCCCGGAGACAAGAUCCUGCAGGUGAACAGCAUGUCAGUAGCAGGCAUGCAGCACGCGGAGGUGGUGGCCGCCGUCAAAGCCGGAGGCGAGGAGACCUCCAUGCUGGUGGUGGACUCUGAGGCCGACGCCUACUUCACCAGCUGCAACGUCCUACCCACCGAGGAGCACCUGAGAGGUCCUCUUCCAGUACGCAAAUCACGUGACUCCACAGAUGGGGUCAACAGUAAGACAGCAGCUGACCUCAACCCGGCCUCGCCCUUGAGGCAUUCCUCGUCCAGCUCUUCCUCCUCCAACUCCUCCCUGCCAGCCACGGCUCCAGCCGUCACCAUGGACGCCGCGCCAGCACCAGCGGGGGGUCUGAGCAUGUCCCUGGCCCAGGUCAAGGAGAGGGCCCACCAGAAACGCAUGGCCAAAAAGGCCCCCGCCAUGGACUGGAGCAAGAGGAACGAGCUCUUCAGCAACCUAUAGAUGAUGACCCACACUCCUUCAUUCUCCUCCCCUUCCUCCCCCUCUGCCUCCCACCCUUAUCCGUUCAGAGUGAUGAAGAGGACAGCCCGAUCGCCCUUCCUCCCCACUAUCUCGACCUAGCAGCUCUGUGCUAAUUAAGACACACCUGUCAUUUUAGACGAUUUCUAAAGAUAAUUUAAAAAUAUAUAUAAAAAAGGGUAGAAUGUGAAACAGUGUUAUUUUCCUGUAAUUUUUGUAUCAGAUAUCAUAUCAUAUGGAGGGCAUAUCAUAUCGUGUGGAGGGCUUACCACCUGUAUCUGUUUUUUAAAAAUAUGUUUUGAAUGUACUUUUUUCAAGAUGGAUAUUUUCAUUCUGAUUAUUGCGAAGAUUCUCAUAAUACACAUUCCUUCAGUUGAGGGGGUCAAUUGAAUGUCAAUGGAGUCUAAGCCUGAAUCUAAGGCGCAGAUUGCAUACCUACUGAUUGUUCUAAAUCAAUAAUACAAUGCUUGUCUUGGUUUUCUUCUCUAAUUGGUGGCUAAGUAACUAGCGUGGAUGAAUGCACUUAAUACUUGCUUAUGUAGCCAAUUUGACACAUUUGUUUUGUUUAAUGACAAUGAUGGAAGUGUACUGCCUUUUUAAAUUAGACUUCCCGUACGGAACUAUUGUGAAAUAGGUUGAAGAGAGGAAUCCCGAUCUAGAAAAUGAAUUCCCGAAAACCUUUCAACAAGAUGGUAGAUUGGCGCAAUACGUUAUUUUGUUUUUAUUUUUUCCGUAUAUAUAUUAAUAUUCAAUCUUAUUCUGUACAUACAGUAAAUGAUUAAGUAAACUAAACUGAAAAGUGAAUGUGUGAGAGAGUAGCAGUGCUUGGGAUAUAAGCGUCUGCUCUGAAGGAGAACUUCUGUGUUCCAAGAGUGCUGCCACCUUACAUUGACAUGGAUUAAAAACGCAUCUUAAUUACA